GUAGGUUCUAUGCGUGGAAGAGCUGGCGAUUCCUGUAGAAACAUUCUACACAAUUGCUUUUCAAUAAUGACGUCUAAACUCAUUGUCGUCAUUGGCGCCACAGGAACGCAAGGAGGCUCGGUAGUCGAGACAUUCCGCAACGAACCAGGAUGGACUGUUCGUGGCGUCACGCGCAACACCAGCAGUCGGACAUCCCAGGCUCUCACGGCCAGAGGCGUGGAAACGGUACGCGCCAACCUUGACGACGUGCCGUCUCUGGUUGCAGCCUUCCAAGGAGCCCACACCAUCUUCUCCGUGACCGACUUCUGGACCGGCUUUCGCAAUCCUGACAACAGCUCGAAGCUCGCACCCGGUCAGACCAUGAUGGAAUGGGCGCACGACUACGAGCUGCAACAAGGGAAGAACGUCUUCACCGCUGCAGCCCAGACGCCCACGCUGGAAAGACUGGUCUUCUCUGCUCUCCCGUAUGUCACGAAAUGGUCCAAGGGGAAGUAUACACAUGUGUACCACUUCGACGCCGAGGGCAGGGCGGUCGAGUACGGGCGGUCGACGUACCCCGAAUUGAUGAAGAAGACUAGCGUCAUCCAGCUCGGAAUCUAUUUGACAAAUAUGUUGCGAAUGCCACAUUACCAACCACACAAAGAUAAAGAUGGCGUAUACGUCUUCAGCACCAAAAUGGCCGCCGACCGCAUAGUGCCGCUGAUCGCGACCAGCGAGGACACCGGCCCUCUGACGAAGGCACUCGUCAAUGUCGACGGGGGCAAAACCCUUCUCGCGUACCGUGAAUUGAUAACGCUGGACGAAUUCGCCCAGACGUGGGGUCGCGCUCUUGGGGUCAAAGCAAAAUAUGUAGCGACCGGUCCCGGGGAGGUGUGGGUUGCUAUUCCAGAGCUGCGCGAGGACAUUGAGGAAUGCGCGGACUUUAUCGCCGAAUUCGGAUUCGAAGGAGGCGAUCCGAGCGUCGUUCAUCCCAAAGAUCUGGGCAUCCCCGUCAAUCUGGGCACCGUUGAAGAGUGGAUCAAGAAGCAAGAUUGGAGUGCAGUAUUGUAGAACGUGAUCUUCAAUGUCAACAACUAUGUCUGCUUAAACCAGCGCAACCCAAGCAUAGAUACUUAGCGCCCGCGCUAGGUACCUUACAAGUCGGUUCGGCCCUCGAGGGUGUUGAAGACCCAGUCUAGGUGGCCCGCGGCUCGCUGGCCUGCUAUACACGGCCUGAUAUGCGUGGCGUAUAUCUCGGAGGUCUCUGUCACCAUGCGGAGGCGCUGUGCCGAGUACUUCCGGAUGUGCUACGGCGUGCAGGGGUAGAUCAGGUUGAGUUUCAGGUCCGGGAUUUGUGGAUCCGGGGGCGAGGUGCCGUGGGUUGAGGAUGCCUUCGUGGUGGUGACGGUCGUUGUCGUCGAUGCGGGUUUGAUGGACCAGUCACUCCCUUGCACAAGGAGUUUGAAAAAGGUUUGAGUGAAAUUGAAGCUUCGGGUCUGGUAAGCAAUUGUUCAAUCUUGCAAUUCUGAGACUGUUGACAGACUGUGAUUCUUGACGCAGGCGCCAUGAAAACAAUAUCGGUGAUUUUUGGGGAGAUCAUCAUCGACCCGCUAUCUUCUGAGCGACGAGGCAAAUCAGGAAGGAUGCUUGCCUUUUUGGUUCAGAGGUAUGCGAAAACUUGGUUAUUCUGUAUUUUUAUUUCCAGACUAUUUCCGCCUUUCGGCAGUUUCUUAAAGGAUCUGGUCUCGAUCUCCCUUGACUUCGUUUUAUUGUUUAGAGGAGAGCAUAUUCCGGUCGCAAUCGAGCUUGUGAAUCUCGGUCAAGGUUGUUAAACA